AUGCUUUCCCUUUUUGCCAUUGUGCUCGCAUUGCUGCUGGCGCCUGCUGCGGCGGGGCGGCCCACCAAGGAGGAGGUGAUUGCGGAGGUGAAGAACGUUCGGGUCACGCUUGACGACCCCGAACUGAGUAGCCAAUAUCGCGCCAGCGCCGUGUUUCUUGACACUCUCAUCCCUCAACUAGAGACCAAUUGGAACCCAACGGACGACUUCCUCGCCUCAACCGAAGGCAAAACCAUUCUGUUACCUGACGACAAUGCAAUUGCUUCCGCGGCCCCUGGUGCCCUCGCCGAUUUGAUGAAUCCCAGUCUGCCUCGCCAAAAGGUUCGCUCCUAUGUCUCGAUGAUCCGGGCUAACAUGCUUAACGGGGUCUACGACGAGGAUGGCAUAAAAAAGGCCAAGGUGUUAACGGACGGAAACGCUUCCCCGCCUUCCCAAGGCAAGCGGUCGCAGUACGCCGCGCUAAAGCUGCUGCUGACAACAAACGGCAAAACAUGGCUACAUCGACCCGCACCCUUUGCGCAAUCAGAGGUGCUGACGGAGCGCAGUGACGCGUUCAGCUUCGGGGUGGUGCUGCUGCAGCUGGCCACGGGGCAGCCGCCCGUCAUGCAGGGAGUGCCGCUCAGCCAGGUCGUGCUGCACCUCGCCUUCGGCCCCCACGGCCUCUCCGCCGCUGUCGACCCCAAACUCUCUGAGCUUUUCCAUUUUUAG